AUGAAUAUCUAUCUAUCCAUCUAUCUAUCUCAUUCUGUUCAUAUCUAUCUAUCUAUCUAUCUAUCUAUCUAUCUAUCUAUCUAUCUAUCUCAUUCUGUUCAUAUCUAUCUAUCUAUCUAUCUCAUUCUAUUCAUAUUUAUCUAUCUAUCGAUCGAUCUAUCUCAUUCUGUUCAUAUCUAUCUAUCUAUCUAUCUAUCUAUCUAUCUAUCUAUCUAUCUCAUUCUGUUCAUAUCUAUCUAUCUCAGUCUGUUUCUAUCUAUAUAUCUAUCUAUCUAUCUAUCUAUCUAUCUAUCGCAUUCUGUUCAUAUCUAUAUAUCUAUCUAUCUCAGUCUUAUUAUUUUUCUUUACGUUCUCUUUCUUUUCUUUCUUUCUUUCUUUCUUUCUUUCUUUCUUUAUUUAUUUAUUUAUUUAUUUAUUUAUAAAUUUUUCUGUAAUUUUUCUUCUUUGUUUCUUUUCUUUCUCAGUUUCUGUUCUUUCUUUAUCAUUUUUUUAAAAUUUUUUCUUCUUGUUCUUCUUUCUUUCGUUGUAACCACUAAUUACGUUUCCUUUACUUUCUUUCUCCCUCUUUUUCUUUCUUUCUUUCUUUCUUUCUUUUACAUACAUGUACCGAUAUGUACAAAUUAA